AUAAUUGAAGGAAAAGAUGGGAAACGGCUAGUAGUUCCAGUGACGUAUUUUAUUAAUCCAAAACCAUCAGUUGAUCAAAGUGGACAAAAGAUAGAGAAAAUGAUAGAUGAGAAAAAGUAUUGUGUCUCAGCUAUUUGUAUUAUUGAGCCAUCUACAGGAAAGAUUAUUUCAUUAACAACUAUUGACUUAACAGUGAUGAAUUCACGAGAAAGUGCAGCACUAAUCAGUGGGAUUGAAAGUAUAGGGAAAUAUGGAAUACCAGAUACAAUAAUUGUUGGAAAUACAGCAGGAAGGAUUCAUCAAGUUUCAUUAGAGGAUGGGAAAGUAAAAGAUCCACAAGGAUGGCCACUUCAAGUUGGACCAAUCAUGGGGAGAAUUGUAGUUGAAGAUGUAACACGAGAUGGAGAACUAAACAUUGUGACAGGAGAUAUUAAUGGGAAUGUAGUUUGUUUUGAUAUGACAGGAAGAGUUAGAUGGGAAAUGAAUGGAGGAGGAGGAAUUAACCAUGGGAUAGAAGUACUUCGAUUAGUUUUAGGAAGAAAAAUAACAAUGCUAAUGUUUGGAACGAAUAAUGGAAAGAUACAUUGUUUAGAUGGAAGUACAGGAAAGAACAUAGAUAUAUUCCCUAUUACACUUGGUAAUAGUAGUAUUGUUGGACCACUAGGAGUAUUUAGAGAUGGAGAAAGUAUUAGUGUUAGUGUCUCGACAGGAAAUGGGAAAUUUACAAUUAUGGAAAUGAGAAUCAUAAGUGAAAAAAUAAGAAGAGACAUGAGACUAAUGGAGGGAUUGAAGAUAGGAGCAAAGAUAGGAGGAUAUGAUAGUAAAAUAAUAAAAGCUCAAGAGAAGUCUGAAAUCCUAUUAUUUACAGGAAGUCAUUCAAUAGAUAUAGAUGAUAUUGUCUAUAGUAAACCAAUAAGAAUCAUAAGAAAUAAUGGGAAUAAUAUUAAUCAAGAAUUAUUUAAAACGUCAAAAAUAUAUAAAAAAAUUGGAUGGGAUAAAAUGAAAUGGGAAAAACGAGUAGAAGAAGUAAAAAGACAACAAGAAAAACAAAAGAAAUAUGAGAUGAUAGUAGCAAAUGAAUUACAAGAAGAAAAUAGUAAAUCAUAUAUAAUUGGAACUAAGAAUGGAAUGGUACUAUGUGUAGAUAUGAAUAGAAAAAGAAUGGAAAUUGAAGAAACAAGUAAUAUAAGAGGAAUAUAUAUUAAAAAUAUAGAUAUAAGAGAAAAAGAAGCAGUUGUAAUAGUUGAAUAUGAAGAAGUAGGAGAUAAAGCAUAUAGAAUUUUAAUAGAAAGUAGUGAUGGACAAAAGAAAGAAUAUAUGAAAGAAAAAUUAGAAGAACAUACGUUAAUGAAUAUUGAAGGAACUGUAGGAAUAACUACAUAUUCAUUUGUUGUUGAUAUUCCAUCAAAACCACAAACAAUAACAAUGAAAAUUAUUGGAUAUAAUUCAAAAGGAAUUAAAACAGAAAGUACAAUAGAAUAUUCAGUACAUACAAAGUUUUAUGAACAUAUUCCAGAAAUGAUUAUUAUACCAUUCUUUAUAUUGUGUUUAAGUGUGAUUUAUUUAUUAAAAGAAUAUUGGAAAAUACAAGAAGUGAAUGAAGAGCAAAAUACACAUAGUAUAACACAAUAA